AUGCCUCCUAAAUUUACGCCUCGACAGCGAAAGCAUAAAGUGCUUGCGAGAAAUAAAGUCAAUGAUUCCGAGGCACUUGUGGACUCCAAUGCGACAGAGAUCCUCCCCUCCUCGAAAGCCGCACAUGAAGAAAAGAAGCAGAAAUUGAAGGCAGAGCUCGCAGGGGAGAAUAAGAUUAGUGGGAAAAAAGCGAAAAGAUUGGAGAAAUACAUCGAGACGAAGCUGAGGAAGGAUGAAAAUAGGAUAUUAAUCGAAAAGCUAUCAAAGAAGAAAGAAGAGGGAGGAUUGUAUGAGAGUAGCAAGAAAUUAGGUCAGGGUUCAUUAACCAGGAGAGAAAGAUUGGCGCGAGCGCUGAAGGAGAGGGAGAGAGGCAUUGAUAUCGAUGGAGAUGGAGAAGAACUACUGUUCGAAAAGAGGACGAAGGAGAGCGGUCCUUUCCAGGGUACUGCGACUGCGACAUCUUCCGCUCCGACACCAAAAGUGCCCGCGCAAACAUUACAAUUUGGUGUAGGCACAGGUUUAAAGAGACCACUCGAGGUGGAUGAUGACGGAAAGCCGGUAAUAAAAAAGCGACAAAGGCGAGGAGGUGUUAAGUCGAGGAUAUCAUCGAAGCCACAGGCGCCGGCCGCGGAACCAGCAUGGGAAGGAUUUUCUUCGAAUUCAGAGGUUGAUAGUGAUGAAGAGAUGAAAUCAGAUGAGGAUUCUGACAAUUCGAAUACGCCAGAUGAGACAGAUGACAAAAAACGUGCAGAGUUAUUGAAGCGUCUUACGGGAAUUUUUGCCGAAGGUGGUGAUGGGAUCGACUCGGAAGAUAGCAGUGAGGAAGGAUCUUCGAAUGAGGACAGUAAUGAAGACAGCCAUGAUGAAGACGAUGAAGAAAGCGAGGAGACAAGUGACCCCGAACACGCCCAGCUAUUAAAGAACAUUAUGUCCAUUUUCGAAGAAAAAGAGAACAAUGAAGAAGGAUCGUCAGACGAAGACAGCGAUGAAGAUGAUAGCAAAGAGAGUAGCGAAGAGGAAGAUGCGGACGAGGCUGCCUCGAGGAAACAGGAACGCUCAUCUGCGUUCAAAGCCUGGGCAACUCAACAAGUAAACGAAGCUUAUGGAUACGAACCAUCAUCAAAUAUUCCAAUUGCGACAGAAACGCCAAGAAUAGAAGGAAGACCUGCAAGUAUUCAAGAUGUCAGACUCAAGCUCCCAGUCGUAGCCGAAGAACAGAAAAUUAUGGAAGCAAUUCAUAACAAUAACUUAGUGGUUGUGUAUGGUGCUACAGGUUCUGGAAAAACCACUCAAGUACCACAAUUCUUAUACGAAGCUGGCUAUGGUACUAAAGAUUCACCCAAUCCUGGAAUGAUUGGAGUUACACAACCUCGAAGAGUUGCAGCCGUCAGUAUGGCAAAACGUGUAGGUGAUGAGCUUGCUGAUCAUGGUAAGCGAGUCGCCUAUCAAAUUCGAUUCGAGGGAACAGUAAGUUCAGAAACUGCUAUCAAAUUCAUGACGGAUGGUGUACUUUUGAGAGAGGUUGCACAAGAUAUUGCUCUGAGAAAAUACUCCGCCAUUGUUAUUGAUGAAGCUCACGAGAGGAGCGUGAAUACCGACAUUCUUAUUGGUAUGCUCAGUCGAGUGGUAAAGUUAAGAGAGGAAAUGGCUGAAGAAGAUCCGUCUAUCAAACCAUUGAAACUUAUUAUCAUGUCCGCUACUCUACGAAUUACAGAUUUUACAGAGAACAAGACAUUAUUUUCUACUCCACCACCGGUACUUCAAGCAGAGGGUAGACAAUACCCGGUCACUACUCAUUUCGCCCGAAAGACCCAUCAUGAUUAUGUCGAAGAAGCAUUCAGAAAGAUUAGCAAAGGACAUCGCAAACUUCCUCCAGGAGGAAUUUUGGUAUUCUUAACUGGUCAGAAUGAAAUCACACAUCUCAGCAAAAAAUUGAAAGAAGCUUUUAAAAUAGGCUCUACUACCACAGGACCACAAGUUCGCAUAUCCGGAAAAGAUGCACCUAUGGAAGCUGAAGAUAUCGAUUUUGGUGAAACUAUGGACACGUCCAAUGACGAUUACGUCGAUGAUGAUGAUGAAGUUACGUUUAAUGAUGAUGAAGAUUUUGAUAUCGGAGAAGAAGCAGAUACUGGACCUUCAAAGAUGCACAUAUUACCAUUGUAUUCCUUACUGCCUACGAAAGAACAGUUGAGAGUUUUCGAACCACCCCCAGAUGGUUCACGGCUGAUUGUAUUGGCCACUAACGUUGCUGAAACUUCUCUUACAAUCCCUGGUAUUCGUUAUGUUUUCGAUUGUGGAAGAUCAAAAGAACGCAAAUACGAUAAAACAACUGGUGUACAAAGUUUCGAAGUCGGAUGGAUUAGCAAAGCCAGUGCAAGCCAACGUGCAGGUCGUGCUGGACGUACUGGACCUGGACAUUGUUAUCGAUUUUAUUCAUCAGCUGUUUAUGAGAGAGAUUUUGAAGAAUUCGCGGAGCCGGAAAUAUUACGAAUGCCCAUCGAAGGUGUGGUUUUACAACUCAAGUCCAUGAAUUUGCAACACGUUGUCAAUUUCCCAUUCCCAACUCCUCCAGAUAGACAAAGUCUUGCGAGCUCCGAAAAACUUCUCACUUACCUCUCUGCAAUCUCUCCUUCUGGUCAAAUAACCCCAACUGGUUCUACCAUGUCUAUCUUCCCACUUUCACCACGAUUUGCUCGCAUCCUUUUAGUAGGACAUUUACACGAUUGCCUUCCCUACACCAUCGCUCUUGUAGCAGGUCUCUCUGCUGCCGAUAUAUUUAUUCCCGAAAACCAAGUCAUUCCCGCCGCUACUCCCCGUGAGGAUGAAGACUCAUACCUCACUACCGCCGAAAAGAUCGAACAAGACGCACGCGCAAAUCUCCGUCGUCAAUUCAACAAAGUUCACCAAUCUUUCUGUUUCCUUGACGAUAGAUCAGAUGCCAUUAAACUCCUUCAAGCUGUUGGUGAAUUUGCCCACGAACCUACAGAGUCAUGGUGUGCAUCUCACUACGUACGCUACAAGACUCUCAAGGAAAUCUCGCAAUUGCGUCGUCAAAUCACAGAUCUUUUGAGAACCAAUAUUCCCGCAUUCGCAGCUUUGAAAUAUGAAGAGAAACUAGCGCCGCCCACUGCUAAACAAGUCAAAGCACUCAAGCAAAUGGUUGCUGCAGGGUUCAUCGAUCAUGUCGCAAUCCGAGCAGAUCUAUCCCCGACACAACCCGAAGCUUACAGGAAACCCAAGAGAGCAAUCGACGUUCCUUACAUUACACUCUUCCCCUCCCAUCUCCGUGUUCCUAACAAACACAACGAUGAAGAUCAAGAACAAGACAAAGCAGUUUAUAUCCACCCUGCGUCUCCUUUAUCUCACCUCUCGCCAAAUGAAUGUCCUGAAUAUAUUAUCUACUCGUAUUUGCAGAAACCGGCUGAGGAUGUCAAUGCAGAUGGAUCGAGAAAGAAACAGAAGACUCGAAUGCAUAGUUUGACGGAUGUUACUGGAGGACAACUUGCGGGUUUGGCUAAAGGGACAAGUUUGUUGGAGUAUGGAAAACCGAUUAAGGAAGUGAUGGUUAAGGAUAAGAAGACCGGGAAUGAUGGCGGUGCAGAGGAAAUGAGAGAGUGUUGGGUGGUGCCUUAUUUGAGAGCGGAGGGGACGGGUGGUCUCGGUUGGCCAUUGCCGGCUAGGAAGGUGGUGCAGAGGAAGGUUAAAGGGAAGGGAUGGGUUUGUUGA